GCACCUGAACGCACCACGAACACCACACGCAGACGAGCAGCAACGCGGAAGAGACGUCGCGUCGCGCGCUCACACCGAGUGAAAACGCUGUUAAACCGUCGCGUUAUUCUCCGGCCGUGUUUGAGAGGAUGUCCCCGGUGGACAGCGGGAUGUCUCCGCUCGCCGUGCUGGUCCUUCUGCAGGUGACGGCGGCGGUCUUCGGCGUUAAACACUCCCUCACCUACACCUACACGGCCUUCGCUCACAAGCCCGUCGGCCUGCCGGGCAUCCACGAGUUCACCGCCAUGGGGCACCUGGACACCCGCAUGAUCGACUACUUCGACAGCGACCAGCAGCUGAAGGUCCCCAAGCAGCCCUGGAUGGGGGAGCGUCUAGACAAAGACUACUGGGUCAAGGGCACGCAGUCCCGCCAGAGCAAGCAGCAGUGGUUCAAGGUCAACAUCGGCAUCCUCAUGAACCGCCUGAGGCAGAAUAAGACCUCUGGCCAACACGUUCUGCAGUGGCAGCACGGCUGUGAGGGCGAGAUGCAGCUUGACGGCACGUUGAAGUUCUCCACCGGCGUCGACAUGUACAGCUACGACGGGUAUGACUUCCUGUCCUUUGAUGACAGUAACAGCGCGUGGGUCGCCGGGGCCCCGGCGGCGCAGCAGACCAAGAGGACGUGGGACGGCGUCGACGUGCUGAAGGAGUACACCAAGGGCUACCUGGAGAAGGAGUGCAUGGAGUGGAUGGAAAAGUUCCUGAAGUAUCAGGGGAGCGUGUUGGAAAACGCCACGAAACCAGAAGUUUACCUGUUCGCCUCGAAGGCCAAAAAGGAGGCAAACGUCAUCUUGACCUGCAUGGCCACCGGCUUCUACCCAAAAGAAAUCCAGCUGUGGAUCAAAAGGAAUGGCCGUGUCCUGAGGAGAGAGGACGGAGUCAUGUCCUCUGGCUCGCGGCCCAACGGAGACGAGACCUUCCAGAGGAAAGACUGGGUGGAGAUCCUGAAGACUGACCAGUCUCAGUACACCUGUGAGGUGAUCCACAAGGCGACCCAGGUGAACAUCGAGAAGGAAUGGGAUCAUAAACUCCCUGAAAACGGAUCACCCAUUGGAGUGGCUGUGGGUGUCCCUGUCCUUGUCCUUGUCCUCGCUGUGGUUGCUGGAGUGCUGAUUUUCUGCUACAGGAAAGGUUUGUACUAUAUAAAACUACUACUUGAGUGAAAUGUACUUUUCCUAUUUUGUGUUUUAAUAUCCAAGUUGAAGCUUCACAAUAACAUUAAUUAUCAUGUAAUAAUAAUAGUAUUUGAUAUAUUUGAGACUCUUCCAGAAAGGUGCAGUGUCUUUAUUUUGUUUUAUUACUUACGGACGUCUUGAGGUGCUGCUGACUUCACUGUGUUCAUAUGUUGUGUUUGUUUACAGGAUGUAUCCGUCAACUUACCUCCAAGAAAAAGGGUAAAUACUUUAAUGCUCUUUGAGGAAUCGAUGUGAUGUUGGUGUGAGGCUCCUUCUGCUGGAGACGUGUUUUAGACGCCUAAAAGAACCAGAGUCUUUAAGAAGUUUUAAGAUGUAUUUUUUAAAUAGUUCCGCUCUUUAUCUCGAUGUCAGUCAGAUGAAGAGAAACAUGAUUUAUAUUUUUAUAUUUAUAUUUGGUUUAUAUUAAGUGUCGAUUAUCUGAUUCUGUCUGAAACUUUAUGAAAAACAAAAUCGACUUUCUUAUUUCCACUAAUAAUAUUAAGACAUCCGACAGCAUAAUUGCACAAAAUAAUCUUUUUUUUUAAGUUAAGUUUAAAUUUU